UUAUAAAUUAAUCUCCCAAAAUAAUUUGGCCAGGAAUUAUUGGCAGAAGGUGCUCAAAAAAUUGCAAUAGCUGGAGUCCCUCCCAUGGGAUGCCUACCUUUCAUGAUCACAAUGAAUUCCCCUAAUGCCUUCUCACAACGUAAUUGUAUCCAAAGAUUUUCCUCUGCUGCUAAAGAUUACAAUCAACUCCUUCAACAAGAAUUAAACACAAUGCAGCUUCACCUCAAUUCCUCAAAUUCACCUGCAAAAAUCUAUUACAUUGACAUAUAUGAACCCCUAGCCAAUAUGGUUCAAUCACAUAAAAAUUAUGGUUUUGAAGAUAUUAAUAGUGGAUGUUGUGGAAGUGGAUAUAUUGAAGCAGCACUUUUGUGCAAUAAGGGUUGCAAUGUGUGCUCUGACCCAUCUAAGUAUAUGUUUUGGGAUUCAAUUCACCCUACAGAGAAAGCAUAUCACAAUCUUUUUUUGGCUUUCAAAUCCACUAUUGAUUGCAUUGUCAACAACUAGAAUACAUGUUUGAGUUCAUGGCCUCUCAAACUUAACAUUUUUUCUUAUCUUUUUUCUUCAAGAAAUAGUGUGGUGGAUUUGUGUAUGUGACACAUACUCAUACUAUGUGUGUCAUAUAAUAAUAUGUGAUCAAUAUUGUGAAUAAUAUGUUAUUGUAUUAAAAUUCA